AUGAUUCAAGUUCAUGUAGAUCUUCUACAAAAUCUUCAGCAAGCCGUAGUUGUGUUUAACAUGCCAUAUGGAGUUGAUUGUGGUAUUCAAACUGAUCAAGUUACUUUCGAAAAUGAAGAUCAACAUUGGAAAACUGUACUUCAUUUUAAUGAUCUAAUCAUAGAUAUAAAUAAAGGUAUUGAAACUUCACUACCUGAAACAAAUAUAAAUUCAAAUGAAAAAGAACAAAUUCGUCGAACAUUCAAAUUUCCAUUUCUUCGACUACCCAAAAUAACUGACAAUGUACAACUCGACUUCACCAAUAUUAAAUGUGCCAAAUGUCAAUCAACAUUAAAACUUAUUGCUGAAGAUCGACCUUUUAAAAUUGUUCAACAACAAAAUACCAAUGUUGAUGAUAUAAAUGAAGUUAUCUAUUGUCAUCGGUUUUGUGAAGCUCAUCAACAUGAACACAAACAUGACUAUAAUGAACAAGUACAAGCUCCUCUUAAUCUUCAUACAGAAUUAAUUGUACUUGAAACAACUGAAUGUUUUAUAAUUGCUAAAGAGUUCAUAACUUCAACUCUGAUCAAUAAUGAACUUGUUCAAUGUAAUCAUUGUUCUUCGCAUGUUGGAUCAUUUGAUGUUCAAAAAAAUCUUAUUUCAUUCGACAAAUGUUCAUUAAUACCUUUCUCAAAUGAUUAUUUAUUAUCAUGUUUUCAUCAUCAUGAACCAGGUCGAUAUAUAGUUAAAGUACCUAAAUUCAAUGAUUCAAUAUUACUUGUAUGGAUUCUACCUAAUGAAAUACUUUCUGCUGAUACAUCUAUCAGUUCAAUCAAUGAAUCUACUCAACUUAUUUUCCAUCGAAAACGAAAAAUUCUCUUCACUCAUAUUACAUCAUCAGAUAAUAACAUAUUUAAUGAAUGGAAACGAGAUUUUUCUGUAACAACACUUCUUGUUAAUCGUUUAUGUCUUGAUCAUUUAUCAACAGCAUUUCAACAAGAAUUAAAAAAAUUUCCUAAUGUAUUCAACAAGCAAGAAUCAUUUCAAUCCUUGACUAUUUCUUUUUAA